GCCCUACAGGAAGCCGCUGCAAGGUACCCACGAUCCCUUUCUUCUUGUCUAGUCCUGUGUUGCUCCAUCGCAUCAACUUCAGUCGCCGCAAGUCUUCUGUCGGUACGAGCUCGAUGAUGAAGACUUCCACCAUGAAGGAGCUGCUGCUGGUGCAGCUGCGGGCGGCGGGGCGCCUGCGGAUGCCGCUGGGGACGACGUCCCGCCAGCGGCUCCGCUGGAUGCUGCGGGCCUUCAAAUGCGUGGGGUUGCUUCCCAGCACCAAGCCCUCCCUGCUGUGGCUCCUGUGACGAGAGGCUGGCGCCACGUCGGGCGGGUGGUGGGUGCCUGGCUGGUGUGGAGCCUGCCGUGGCUGGCGGCGGCGGCGCUGGGGGGCGGCGUGCAGCAGUGCGACUGAGCUGGACGGAGUGAGACGCGGUCGGGCCCUAUAUUGGGUGGCUGCUGUGACGCGGCAUGCCGUGUCUCAUAACUGCGGCUCGCAUGGAUGUGCGAUGGGACAGUGUCAAGGCGGCGCGCAUGGAAUCGCUUCAAAAUGACAAGACGGUGACUGCCCAGCCUCUAUCACAGUUGUAGCGUACCGUAGUGCUACGCUUCGAGUUCUAUAUUGACGAUGCUCUAAGAAACUAAAUGCAAACGGCGCCAGCAGAGACGGAUGUCGAAGCUUGCUUGCAGGCAACACGGGGGCGCACAUUGAGUGUUUGUGCGACAGGUGGCAUUCGGUUCUGUCUUCCGGGUUGUCAAACCGGUCACCAUUGUCAGGGUGUCAGAAUUCAGCUCAUGUGAGGAACACGUGUGUGGAUGCGUGGCUUACGUCUAGGCCUGGGGUGUGGACUGCAUGACGGUUGUGCCCCUUGAACGUGCCAAGCUCAGAGAUCGUGGCAAGAAGGGGAUGCCCAGCCACAUGUGUAACGGCGGCCAUCCAUGCAGCCUACAGGAUAACCCAUAACAAGCAAGUAGCAACUGAUGAGUGCCCACAAGGACAACACAGAGCCGCCCUGCGCCAACAACACACGGUGGGAGAGGCGUGUACGUACGCACAACGCAAGGCGCGCACGUUCCCAACUGCGGCACGUGUAUGCCAGGUCUGCGCGUGUUAAAACUACCGUCAGCACCGUAGCUCGCUUGCGGCGCAGGGAGGCAUAUGCUGCUCAACGUCCGCAAUUCUUUACUGGCUCAGGCCUUUGAGAGACGUGCCGCGCCGCUGCAGCUGCGCAGCGGGGCAUUCAGCCUAGGUCAGUACAUGCAUGAGCCACGUGGACUGGUCACGUGGAAAGGCGUUGGGGCGCAGGGCACUGCUGUCGCGAUUUGAAACCACAGCAACGCCGCAUAGCCACGUUGGUUGCCACUGGCGGUUUGGCGGCGGAAGUGGUUAGGCACCAAACCGCUGCGGUCGCGUGUGAGAACCGCCUGCGUGGGCUGCGGAUAGCAAGGGCUGAGUUUAUGAAAGCGGAAUGCCCGUCCAGUGCAGCCUGGCUUUUGGGGGCUUGGUGCCCCGUGCGUGUUCUUGCGCUUGCAUGUGCUUGCAUGCACAAGUACGGUAUGUGCGGCGUCUGCGUGCUCUGGCCGUCCGGGGCAGGGGAGGUCUGCGUUAAGUGCGUUCCAAUAGCCCUGUACCGAGAGACUGACCAAGCCACCUAGCUGAUGGCUGCGCUGUUGACUACAGGGUUUGAAUGCGCACAUAACAUCCUGGGUCACAGUCCGUUAGUUGCUUUAAGGGACACCACGACUGCUAUGAUGCCCAAUGAGCACACACGGCACCGA